AUUAGAAAUGUCAUGAUUAUUUCAUCAAUUGUGAAAUAGGUUUUUUAUAAAAUUAAUUUUUAAAAUUAAUAACAAUAUAAAGACAUUCUUCGGCAGCCAGGCUCAGUAAUUCAGAAGAACUGUUUCGUCACUCAUAGGAAGAAAUGAGUCAAUCGCGUGAUUUUAGAGAAUUUAUGCAACCGGUUGCUGGUUCAUCGUAUGGCGAAAAUUCACCGAAAUUAUUCAAAUUGAAUAUCGAUUGUUUUGAAACAAUAUUCGACUAUUUGUCAUUGACGGAUUUACAUUCAUUCGGUCAAACGUGUACGAGAAUGCAAAAGGUGGCCGGUACAUAUUUCAACCAGAAUUACUCAAGUGCCAAUCAUUCAUGGUGUAUCAAUGGAAUUCAUACAAAUUGGAUUGCAACGUGGGCAUUCAAUCAAUUUGUGCCAAGCAUUUCUAUCGACCAGUUCCAUUACAACUUGGAUAUCAACAAAUGCAAUGCAAUAAAUCGCAUUCAUCUCUACGAUUUACGAUUAGAUCAGAAUAAAAUUAAACGAUUCAAACGAAUCUUGGACCGUGUGGAAACGUUCCAAUUCAAUCGCUGUGCUGUUGAUGACUUUUAUGACUUGAUAUUGAAACACUGUACAAAUUUAAAACGAUUGUAUGUUCAACGGAAUACUUCAAUUUACCCAGAAGAAAGUAGAUACACUUGGUUGCAAUACGAAUAUCCUACUCUUGAGCAUCUGGAAUUCAUACCGUCAUCAGAUGAUGCACAUGUUUUUGAACUGAACAUAUUUUUCAUGCUUAAUAAAAGCGUUCAAAGAUUUUCGACUAGUGAACAUUUCUUAUGGAACAAUCGUCUAAUGUUUUUAAAUUUUGACGCAAAAUUGGACAUAUUGGAAAUUAAAGAAAAUAAUGUCUUUAAUAGAAACAACAGUCCGGAAAGCGGUACAUUGUUUUGGAAGUUAUUAAACCAACUGUACAAUCAAGGUUUUUAUAAACGUCUGUAUUAUUGUAUCGAUAAUGACAUUGAUAAGGGUCUCAGCAUGGAAUUGAGUGCGGUCAAAGGUCUUGAGUCAUUGCAGUUUUUCACAUUUAUUGAUGUGAGUAUUUGCAAUGGUUUAGCUCAACUCACCAAUCUAAGGGAAUUAAGGAUUAAAACAUCGAAUAACAUCGAUAUGGACAUUUUAGCCCGUGGUCUUGUGAAACUUGAACGUCUUUGCAUUGAAGGAACCAUUAAUGAUAUUAUACCAUUUAUUCGUCGAUCGACAAUAUUGAAGAAAAUCAAUUUGUUGCAGAAAUGCCAAAUGAAUCAAUUGUUUGAGAAUGUAGAUUGCAAAACUUUUAAUUUGGUGAAAUUGAACGCAGAGCGUGCCAGACUGCCGGGAGCACAAAAAGUGAUCAUUCAUGUAAGCGAGGAUCUAUACUUGAAAACGAAAUGGUCGGCAAGAAACGGUGACACUGACUUGAGCGUAAUAGAGUUGCGACGAGCUGAUUCGUAUCAAUGGGAUCCCUAUUUUUCAGUUGAACGUUCAAAAGCAUUCCUGUUACAAAAAAUAUCCCAAAAUAGUUCAUUUUAUGUUUUCGACUUGCAAUCGUUUUAAGUCGAUUGAAUUUUCCAAGUAAUUCCGGAAAAAUUAUAUCAUUUUUACCAAAUUCA